UUACCUAAAAGUAAGCGGCGCAGGUUGGCGCAGGUUGUCCAACCGCUGCCAACAAACGUAGAACUUUCUUGUUCUUUCCAACGUCUCGAAAACAAUUCGCAUCUUUUCUCAUUUCUUGUUUCGGUUUGCGUUGGAUUCUUGGCGUUCGAGCCUAAGAAUCGAUCCUUCGCUUGACCCAGAUUGCGUUGUUCCCUUCUUCUUCUUCUUCGCUCCUGAAUUACCCCCUCGGAUCCUCGCACCUGGUUCGCCCCCUUGAAUUUUCUUGAUCUUGGGCCCCCCCGUUCAAGGCGCGUGCGAGCUUUUUCCUUGGGAAAAGCUCGCCGGAACCCUGGAAAAGCUCGCCGGAACCCUUGAUCCAUGGGGGAUCCCCCGGUUCCCAAGCUCCGUCUCGUCGUCGCCUUCGCGAUCGUCGCCGCCCUCCUCUCCUUCCCCUCCGCCGUCAGGUCGGAGGAGCCGCGGGGGGUCUCCGGUUCGGUCAUCAGGUUGCCCACCGAGGAGGGCGAUGGCGGAGGCCCCUGCUCCGGGGCGGCCCGACCCGGCUCGUGCCCGGUCAAGUGCUUCCGUGCCGACCCGGUCUGCGGCGUGGACGGGGUGACCUACUGGUGCGGCUGCGCCGACGCCGCGUGCGCCGGCGUGGGAGUCGCGAAAUUGGGCUACUGCGAGGUCGGGAACGGCGGGUCGGGUCCGUUGUCGGGAGCAGGUUUUUCUUAGACUUUGAGACAAACAUGAAAGAGUAGCAGAGGAUACAAGGAGGAGCUACAUCAUCUGUACUAUUCUUCUGUGAGCUUUAACCGAAGGCGGCAUAUGAGCACAAAAACUGUGUCUGUAACUUUUAUGUACGGUAAUGGAAGGUAUUGUUAAUUGUGGAGUACGUACAAAUAACAAGUGAGAAAAGCAUAGGCGUUGCCUUCUAGAUCAGGGUACAACUUCACAUGCUGAAAGAAUGGAGUAAAUUUUUGUC